AUUAUUACCAAUUUUAUCAUUACACAAACUCAUCUAUAAAAACCCAAAAAACACCAUCUUCCCUUACAUCAAAACCUUCCAAUUAUAGUAACACCCCACCCCAAAAAAACACCCAAAUCUUCCAAAAAUGGCAAACCAAUUGAUCGAAACCCACCGCGAAGGAGCGGAAGUAUACUCCACCCCAGACCUCUGUAAGGCAAAAUCAUAUGAAUUGCUCGAAGAACUCGACAUGCCCAACGGUCUCCUACCCAUGAAUGAGAUGAUAGAAGUUGGGUAUAACCGCACGACCGGGUUCGUGUGGUUAAUCCAGAAAGAACUGGUGAAACACCAUUUCGAAAAGAUUGAUAGAAAGGUGACUUAUGAUACAGUUGUUACAGCUUUUGUUGAGAAGCAUAAGAUGAAGAAGCUUCAUGGGGUUAAGGCGAAGGAGAUGAUGAUUUGGUUACCUCUUAAUGAAAUUUACAUUGGUUCGGAUUCUACUAAGAUUACCUUUGGUUCUUAUACCGGUAUUUCCCGCUCUUUUCCUGUUUCUGCUUUUAUUGAAGAGGUGAAGAAAGUCGAAGAAGAGAAAAAGGUGGAAGAAGAGAAAAAGGUGGAAGAAAUUAAAGCAUAGAACAAGGGGUAAACUUGGGAUUUCAACUUGUUAAUUAAGGCUUAAUCGCCUGUGAUUAAGCUAUAUCUUUAUUUGGUUUUGCCCUAGCAAACCAAAUCUGUUUUUUAAUUUAUUAUCGCAUUUUUUCGUUUCAUUUUUAUUAUAUUAAGGGCAAGGAAAAUAAUGUAAUACUAGGAAAUCUUGCUUACGAGAGGAUUGCCUAGUUUAUAAUCGCUUAAUGUUAUACGAAGUACUUGUAUUACUUUAUAUUGCUCGUAUUGGUCGUAUUAUACCUACGUUAAAACUGCUAAUCAUGCAGUUUUUCUCUU